GACAAUCAUUUAGAGGUACUAACAUAUUUAAGUUGAAUCAAAGGUAAAGGGAUCCUAAGCUGCCGUGUUUGUGAAAUUUAAUUUAGUAAAAUGGCAACCUUUUCACAAUCCUCCAUAGACAAGGGAUCUGACAUUACAAAAAGCUUUUCACAAUCCACCAUUGACAAGGGAUCUGACAUUCUCCAAGACUUCUUGUGCUCGACCUGCGAAGAAAAACAACUGGAUAAAAUGGCUGAUAUCUACUGUGAAUCUUGUGUGAAGUUUUACUGUGGAGAAUGUGUUAACAUGCACAACAAGUUGUUUACAAAACAUACCCCCUAUGGAAGAGGAGCUAUGAAGAAAUGGCCAGUGGCCAAGAAGGUUGAAGAUUUUCUUCUGAAAUGUGAUGUCCAUAAAGAAGAAAGCCUGAAAAUGUAUUGUGAUGAACACAGUGAGCUGUGCUGCACAAAUUGUGCAUUCCUUAAUCACAGACUCUGCCAAAAGGUAACUCUUAUAUCCGACAAAGUGAAAGGUCAGUCCACAGACCUUCAAAAACUGUCAGUUUCUAUCAAAACUAUUCUGGAAGAAAUAAAAAAAAAUCAAGACAACCAAGAGGCUAGCAUUCAAUAUGUUCAAAGUUCAUAUGAUGAGCAGUUAUACACGAUACAGGAAACUCGCCAAAAAAUAAAUUCAGCCUUAGACACAAUUGAACAGAAAACACUGAAGGAAAUGAAAGAUACUCUGACCAAACUACAAGCCUCUUCCAAAAUUGCUGUUGACAAAUGUAUCAGGCUUCGGGAUGAAUUGCAACAACUUCGAGACGCAGUACAGGGUAUAAGUGAUAAAAGCAAAGCGGAACUAUCCUUCAUAGCCACCAGGAAAUGCAAGGAUAAAAUACAGCAGUCUAAAACCGUUCUGAAGGAGAAUUCUCUUCAGACUAACGUUUUAAUAACAUUCCAGCCUAACGAUGAAAUUGUACAGUACUUGUCCACACUGUCAGGUUUUGGCAGGAUAGAGCACAGUACCCAGACAUUGAAUGUACAAGAGGAUCCAAACAAGGUGUUCACUGUACAGGGGAAGUCUGAACACAAUGUGAGAACAUCAAGUGAUUCAGAUGUAUGCAGCAUCUGUGCCAUUUGUGUUCUCCCAGACAAACAGGUCCUUGUUGCAGACGUGGAUAAUAAGAAAGUCAAGCUGCUUGACGAGCAGUACAAGAUAGUAAGCCAUUGUAGUUUGACUUUGUUUACGCAGGACAUGUGUCAAAUAUUGCCCAAUGAGGUGGCUGUGACCUUGAAUGAUGAAAAGAAUAACAAACAUGAGGUCCAGUUUAUCGCAGUCAACAACAGGCAGCUUGUGAAAGAAAACAAUCUUAAGUUUCGACAUACAUGUAGAGGUAUUGCCUUCCACCAGGGAGACCUUUAUAUUACGUCAAGGACUGCACUUUACAAGUACACAUUGAGUGGAACACUUGUCAGUAAGAUGUAUGAGGAUACAUCAGACCAGAGAACAGGUAAGAAUCAUAUCGUUAGGAAUAUGUUGAAUAAAUAGAUUUAGAAUGAAUCAUCAGUUUAGUAUUCCAGCCGCAGUGAAGAAUACAAUAUCAAUUCAUGUUCAGUUCAUUAACUGUUUGACAUGUUUAUAAAUAAACACUGCGUGUUUUCAUUGACUGUUCGC